AUGUCAACCAAUCCAAAUAUGAGUGAUAUAAGAUUUACGUAAUAAUCUCCUAAUCGAAAUUUUAAUCCAUUGAAUUCUUCAAUGUAAUUUAUACCAAGUGUUAAUCUUGAUAUCUAAUCUGAUGAGUAUAUUUCACCAAGAAAGGAUAUUAGGAAAAAAGGAAUUUUAAAGACAUUUUAUUAUUAGGUAAUAUGAGAUUUGGAUAUAGGAUGUUAAAAGAAAAAAGUUGAUAGGUUGUAACAUAUAUGUGAAUCAAAUGAAUGAAUAGUAAUUAUAACUAUCUAAAAGAGGAAGUAUAUUUUAUUGAAAUAACAAAAGUGAUCUGUAGAAUAUGUAUGAAUGAGGAAGAGACUUCAAGAUUUAUAAUGCCUUGUAUAUGUAAAGGAAGUUUGUAGUAUGUACAUGAAGAGUGCUUAAAACUUUGGAUCCUAUAGAAAAAUGGUAUAAACGAUGUAUUUCAAGACAAAGUACUUUAUUAAAAUAGAAAUUAGAUUAAAUGUGAAUUAUGUUCACAAAAGUUUAGUAUGAGGAUGCAAUUGCAUAAUCACUUUGAUAAAUCUCGAUUUUGGGAUGUACCAAAAAACUAAAAGAUAUGUUGGCUUAUUUAACUCUUCUUCAUAUUUGGUAUAAUCAGUACUAUAGUUGGUAAAGCUUAAUAAUAUAUAGUAUUAUUUAACAAGUUUGGAUUAUCUAGCAUAGGUAUUGAUGCGGUCAUGACAUUAUUAAUUGUGUUGUGUUUAAUAAUGAUAGUUUAAUUCAUAGCUAGUGUGAUUGAAUUUCAUUUAAUAGAAAUGAUUGAGGAAUGGACAAUAUGUAAUUAUCGACCAAGAAGAGAGACUAAAUAGGGUAGUAUAUUUUAAUUAUAAUCUUAAAUGGGUUAAAGUAUAAGUGGAAGUCCUAUAGCUAAGAAAAAGACAGCUUAAAUUCAUCCAAAUGGUCCAACUAGUUUAUAGAUAAUUUAAGUUAGCUAAUUAGCUACAAGUCCAAAUAUAUCAGAAUAAUGA